AUGAGAUUUUCUUUUGCCUUGUGUUUCUCUACUGCCACUUUUCUCUUCAGAAUUCUCAGAGGAAGGUGUGCAGAGAUAAUUGGAGGAAAAGAAUCCGUUCCACACUCAAAACCUUUUAUGGCACUGAUCCAAGGAAGUCAGUAUUGUGGAGGAACAUUGAUCAAACCAAACUGGGUGUUAACAGCAGCCCACUGUAAGCUGGGCACAAACCCCACAGUUAUGCUGGGAGCUCAUUCAAUAACCAAAGAUGAGAGCACAAAACAAAUCUUUAGGGUCACUAAACGAUUACCUCAUCCAUGCUAUAGUUCAGAGAUGAACGGCAAUGAUCUUAUGCUUCUGCAGCUUAACGAAACAGCAAAGAUUGGUCAAGCUGUGAAUACCAUUAGGCUUCCAAGCACUUACAAUGAUCUCAGAGAAGGAACACAGUGUCUAGUAGCUGGAUGGGGAAUUACCCAUAAUGGAGAGAAGAAGCCAUCUGAUGUACUGCGUGAAGUUAGCAUCUCUGUCAUUAAGAGGAGCAUCUGUAAUGAUAAGAAACACUAUAAUUCUGAUCCCCCAGUGACACUGAAUAUGAUGUGUGCUGGUGAUAAGAAAGGAAAGAAAGAUUCAUGCACGGGUGACUCUGGUGGUCCUUUGAUAUGCAAUGGAGAACAAAGAGGCAUUGUGUCCUUUGGCAAGAAAUGUGGUGAUCCUCGCCACCCUGGUGUCUAUACACGUCUCACAAAGAAUUAUAUCUCUUGGAUAAGGAAAACCAUAAAUGGUGACUUAUAGCCUGGUCACUUGAUUCUAUUAUUUGCUCUCCUGAUACUCAUGAAAAUAGCAAUUAUUUAAAGCUUGUU